AUGCGUUAUGUGUUCCGGGGGUAUGCAGACACCACUCGAGGCCCCAGACCAGGCGAGGAAGAUGGCAGGGAAUACAACUUCACCACCAAGGAAGCUUUCCUGAAGCUCGUUGACGAGGGAGGAUUCAUUGAGCAUGCUCAGUUCGGCGGAAACCAUUACGGAACCAGCAUUGCGGCCGUGAAACGUGUUGCGGACCAAGGGAGAAUAUGCGUCCUAGACAUUGAGAUGGAGGGUGUGAAACAAGUGAAACGGACCGAUCUCAAUGCCAGGUUCCUCUUCCUUGCUCCUCCGUCUAUCGAAGAGUUGGAAAGACGCCUGCGUGGUCGCGGUACUGAGUCAGAGGACAGUCUGCAAAAGCGACUGGCCCAGGCCCGAGUUGAGUUAGAAUACUCGAGGCAGCCUAAUGCACAUGACAAGAUUGUUGUUAACGAUGAGCUUGAGGCGGCAUAUGCCGAGCUUAGAGAUUGGGUGGUAGAUGGCGGGAAGUUUGGCUCGCAAUGA